CACUUCACUCAGUUCCCUCGUUCAUUCACUGUUAUUCCAGCGUUUGCACGAGAUUCAGAAGUUGUUUUUAGUCCACUACUGUCUGUCUACUGAUUUGACUCAACAUCGAUUAACGAGUUUUGAACUGUUGGCGACCGGUGACCAUCUCAACGUAGUAUUUUGGAACAAAAAAAUGGAUGAUACAAAAACUGAAAUGGAUUCAUCUGAUGAAAUUGAUAUUCUAAUGGAGGAGGAAUCGCCAAUAGACGAAGACAAUUCUAUACAAGAAGACGCUAAUUCUUCGUUAAACGAUAUGGAUGAUGAAGAAAAGAUGAGAAGAUACACAAAUUUACUUGCACUUUUAGAAAACAGUACUAAGUUAUCUAAUGCAUUUGAAACCAGAUUAAAAAAUUGUAAACUUCAAAUUAUUAAAAGCGAACUAGAAAAGGCUAAUAAAGUUGAUAAAGAUGUUCCUAGUAACAUUGAAAAUAAUUUAAUCAAGGAUUCAAAUAAUCAACCAAUUGAAAAUGAAGAAUAUGAAAACUAUUAUUUAAAACUAUUUCAACAACCAAAACUAUUUAAAGGAACACUUAAAAGUUACCAGAAAGAAGGUCUUUUAUGGAUAAGAACUCUGUUUGAAAAUGGCUUAAAUGGUAUCUUAGCUGAUGAUAUGGGGCUUGGUAAGACUAUACAAGCUAUAGCUUUCUACUGUUUCCUUAUAGAAAUGGGAAUAAAAGGACCGUUUCUUGUUAUCGCUCCAUUAUCUACAAUUCCCAAUUGGUUAUCAGAAUUCUCUAAAUUUUCUCCUCAGUUAAACACUUUGUUAUACCAUGGUUCAUUUAUUCAACGCUAUAUGAUUCAAUCAAGUUUUAAAUCAAAGCAUAAAGUGGGAAACUUUGAAUACUUUCCUAUUGUUAUUACAACUUAUGAAAUUUUGCGUAUGGACACAAAAUAUUUAAAAAGUUAUGAUUGGAAGUAUAUUACGAUUGAUGAAGGUCAUAAGCUGAAAAACUCUCUAACCGUAACAACAAGAUGCUUACGUGAAUUUGCUUGUACAAAUAAGCUUAUACUUACUGGGACGCCUAUUCAGAAUAAUAUGAAUGAAUUAUGGACUUUAUUAAAUGUAUUGAUGCCAAAGUUAUUUAAUGAUAUAAAAGAUUUUAGCUCAUGGUUUGUGAUAGAUGACUUUCAUGGUACAAAUGACCGGAUUAUUAAUAUAGCUACUAAAAAUGAAAUAUUGGACACCAUAGUAAAAAUACUAAAACCUUUUAUUCUGAGAAGGCAAAAAAUGGAAACUGAUCUAAACUUGCCACCAAAGAAAGAAAUUGUUAUUUAUGCUCCAGUCACAGAACAGCAACACAAAUUGUACAUGGCUACGUUGUCUAGAGAAAUGGAUACAUUAUUAAAUAGAAAAUCGGCAAGUCAAAGUGAACCUGAAGUAAGGUCUAAAAGGAAAUGUGUUGAAUCUAUUGAAAGGUAUACUGAAAAUAGAGUUAUCAGAAAACCUGUACCAGAACAAAAAGUUGAGCCCAAAGAUAAAGCUGUCUCAUUAGUUUUAUUAAAUCCAUUUAUUCAACUGAAGAAAAUAUCUAAUCAUCCAUAUCUUGUUCACAUGCCUUUAAUUCCGGGGCAAAAUGAAAUUCUUGUUGAUGAAAACAUUGUUAAAGCUAGUGGAAAAUUUCUAAUAUUGGAUGCAAUGCUAUCAAAGUUAAAAUUGCUUGGUCAUAAGGUGUUGCUGUUUUCUACAAUGACACAGUUAUUAGAUCUGAUAGAAGAAUUUUUAAUUUUUCGUUCUUAUGAGUACACUAGAUUAGAUGGUACUAUGAAAAUUAAAGAUAGAGUUGAAGCAAUUAAUACAUUCACUGAUGAUCCAAACUGUUUGUUGAUGUUGAUAUCAACACGUGCCGGUGGACUUGGUUUAAAUUUGACUGCAGCAGAUACUGUUAUUAUAUUUGACAGUGAUUGGAAUCCACAAUGUGAUUUACAAGCCCAAGAUCGGUGUCAUAGAAUUGGCCAAGUUAAACCAGUUGUUGUUUACCGUUUCUGUACUAAAAGCACUGUUGAUGAAAAAAUCUUAGCACACACUGUUGCUAAGAGGAAAUUAGAAAAAAUUGUUAUUGGCAAUGGCACAUUUAAUAGAAACACGAAAAUUGAUUUGUCUAAUAUAAAGGAGCUGAUGAAUUUAUUAGAAUCGUCUGAUUAUGAUCAGCAAAUACAGUCAAAUGGAUUUAUAUUGUCAGAUGAAGAAUUAGAUUCUCUUUUAGAUCGAUCUGAUAUGAUUAAAUCAACACCAAAAACAGAUACUACUCAGUCUACCAAACACUUCGAAGUAUUGACUUAAAUAUUUAUUUAUUUUUUCUAAAAGUAAUAACUAGUUGUUAAUUUUGAUACAUUUAUAGAAAAAGAUUUAUGAUUUCAUGUGUUAAAAGGUGAAUUUUUUUGUUUAAAUUUUUUUUCUUUUUAAAUUAUAUAUACUUAUGAAAAGUUACUAUGUAAGAUAAAUAUUUUACAUUUCAAUUUUUUUAUUUAUAUUGAGUUGUUACUUAUAGGUCUAUAGUAAAGGACUUUUUCAUGAUA